CGAACACCGAGGUCGGCCCCUGAGGGCAGAUGCUGUGUUUCUGCGUGAGGAUCAUUGAGGGCUGAUCCUCUUUUGCAUCAUCGGAGGUGCUGGUUUAUAUAUCGCCAUCUGCAGAUCUCGCUGUUGUUGUGUCAUUUGCAAGAUGUCGGGCACCGAUGCGGUCGCGGCGGCGGCAGCAGCAGCAGCAGCAGCCUCUGGUGGCCGGGGGACCUGGCGCGUGUCGGCGGCAGAUGAGAGCAGCGACGUCGGCACAUGGCUGGAGAUGAGCACAGACAUGGCCAGUGACCUCAUCGUCGCACUCAAGAAGAAAGACGCUGGCCGAUAGAUAUCGAGCAGCGUUAGCAGGCCCUGGGAGGCCCCUCACAGGACCCAUACAUAGUGCCCACGGUAAGGCGGGAAUUGGAUGAGGGAUGUCUGCAAUGGCAGCUGAUCUGUGCAUGUGGAUGGUGCAGGUGCAGCUGAUGAGUUGUGUGUGCUGCGAGGUGGCGUGUUGGCCACUCUGUGUGGUGAAUGGGCGGUUUGACGAGGGAGGCGCUGAUCAAGGAUCCCAACGAGUGGUCAGCCCGGCCGGCAGUCAGUCCGUUAGGACAGGGCAACUGUCCACCGUCUGUGUGCGUUUCCCUCAGGCUCAUCAAUCGGCGAGUUGGCCGUAUACGAGGUUGGGGAUGUGGACGACAUCACACAGCCCGACGCCAAACAGAACGACGCCACAUUCAGGUGUGUACGCACCGACACAAUGGGGAGGGGAUGAAUGGCAUUGGCGCACUGUGGUCUCCAUCCAUCUGUGUGUGUGGUGCUGCAGCCAGCUAUUGGGUAGAGUACCUGACGGCCAAUCCCUCCAAUUGAGGAGACACCACCGCCACGCACGUCCACAUCCCGCCCGCCCGUCACACGGGACAAUCCGACCCCAGCAGCAGGACGGCCAGGGUGAGGGUGAGGGUGAGCAGCCCGAGGUCGAUCCAGCCAGUGGCGAUGCGAUCCGGUGUCUGUGGCGGCCCAGCUGCCCGACAUCAUCCGCAAGGCCAUGGCGGAGAGAGAAGGCCUGCGAGCACCAGAGGCUCAUAGCCAUCAAACCACUACUCAAAUCGGGCAAUAUAUAAUGAGGACGAUGCGGUAGGUAAAUCAACCACGACCGACGGAGACUACAGCUCGUUUGCCGAUCGAUGGGCGGCUCCAUCUGUCUAUCUGUGUGAGUGUCUUUGGUGUGUUGUGUGUUCAGUUGCUGUCGAUUGACGUCUUUGGGACGACAGUGACGAUCACCAUGACCGUGGCCAAAGGGCGACGACUCAACCUUGGCCAAUCGGUUCAUCAAGUACACAAUGACAACCCAAUGGCUACACCGCACAGCCAUCCCUCCCUGCCACGUGUGUGUGUCAGGCAGGUAUGCCCUUCUGUGAUGACGGUUUGGUGCCGGUGGACUACGUGCGGCGCGUUGUCGACAUCGUCACGCGGGCGUACAUCAAUCGACAGAGCAAUCACGGCCGAGGACGUUCAGAGCUCCCGGGGCGACACCAAUGACGAGGCCUUCCGGAAUGCGCUGAACAUGUCAUGUGAGCAGGGGCGGCGGCAGUGGUGUUGCGAUGGGCGAGGCGUCCAAGGCCCAUGCCGUGGGAGGAACUGUUGGUGAUGGUACCCGCACACGCAGCGGAUACAGGAAUGGUAGAUGCGAUGGGAUGCGAUGCGAUGCACAGAGACCAGACCAGCCAGAGGGGACCCCGUCAGUCAUGUCAUGGAUCUAUCUAUCCUUUGUGUGCUGUGUGUUCGCCCCAGAUGUGCCGGCGAGUUUGUUCGGUGAAUACGCCCCCAUCAUGCCCCGCGCCGGCAUCCCCAACCCCGGCCCCGUCACCCGUGCCAGUCACAUCAGAUACGCCCAGCAGCUGCCCAAUGGCUACCCGUACCAACUGCGGCAGCACCCGUACCAACUGCGGCACCACCCGCAGGCCGUGACACUGUGGGGGCAGUGGCCUGCCGGUGCGGCGACUGCAAGGGAGGUGCCCGUAGCACACCCCCACAGCCAUCCUAACCCUCACCCGCAGCACCAUCAUCCCCAGCCCUUCCCGGCGAUUGCACAGGUGCUCCCACAGGCGACUGCAAGCGUCAUGGGCGGCGGUGGGGGCAUUGCUGAGAGUGCGAUGCAGCGGCUGCUGAUGGCCCAGAUGUACCCCCAGCACCACCUCAACACCCGCCACCGAUAGAACCGACCGAGGUGCGCAUUGGGUGCUUGGAAGGAGAGUUAAGAGUUCACAUGACAGACAUUUGUGUGGCCUCUUCUCUCUCCCUCUCUCCCUCUCUCCCUCUCCCUCUGUGUGUGUGUGUGUGUGUGUGACUGUUCAGCCGCCUGUGCAUCCCCCCCACGUGGCGGAUGGGACGCCAGAUGGAUGGGUGGAUGAGCUCGGCUGGCGGAUGGCGGGCAGGGCAGGGCAGGGCCACGCGUCAGUCAGUCAGUCACUCCACGUGGUUGUUUUCUCGGCUCGGGGUGGGCGAGUGAGUGUGGCUGGGUUUGCUGCUCGCAUUUCUGCCUGCCUGCCUGCCCUGUGUGAUUGAGUCUCGUGUUGGACGGACUGCAAGCUUCAUGGGCAGCGGUCUGAGAGUGCGAUGGAUGGAUGCCGGCGGCACUGCCAUGGAGCGGACGAGAUCGAGCAGCCGCCCUAUGGUUUUUCGGCCGUCGAUAGGGUGCGCAUAAGAUCAGUCAUGAUGAUGUGUGGAUACCUGUGUGUGUACUGUGCAUUCGUAUGGCUGG